GCCAGGCUCACCUUAACCUGGCUUUGGUCUCCCCGUCUCUCUCUGCAAGUUCUCUGGUCUCACUAGUGGUGCGGUUUGUUUUGCUGCAAUGGCAGCUGCAGCGAGUUCGGUCUUAGUCGACGAAAAAUACAGCAGGGGAGCUGUGUGGAAAUACUUUGGCUUCGUACCAAAUCAGGAUGGAGAGGCGAAAGACGCGAGCAAGCCAGUAUGCAAACGGUGCUUCAGGACAGUUCCAGUUACGGGUGCUAACACAACAAAUCUGACCAAACACCUGAAGGAGCGGCACUUUGGCCUGUACAGAGAGCUAUACAAGAUUGAAAGCGUUCCAAAAGUGUUGCUGGACACUGUUGAAAACCUGGGGCAAGAGGACUUGGAAAUAUUCCAGCAGCAUCUGAUUAAUGGUGUGGAAGAAUUCCCCCGCAUCCUAAAGGCUCUUCUGGAGGGGGCAGACAGACUUGACACACUGGAUAAGAUGAUUCAGAGAUAUGGACGCAGUGGAGCUCUACAGAUCACACUGGCUAUCCUGAAGAAGAUGAAGGAGAUCGAACUGUUUGAGGAGGUAUACAUGAUGGAAAACAUUCAAGAAGUGUUGCUGGAUACUCUUCGUGAGCUGAAGCAAAAGGACCUGCAAAUAUUCCACUGGCAUCUGAUUAAUGGUGUGGAAGGAUUUCCCUGCAUUCCAAAGGCUCUUCUGGAGAGGGCAGACAGACUUGACACUGUGGAUAAGAUGAUUCGGAGAUAUGGACGCAGUGGAGCUGUACGGAUCACACAGGCUGUCCUGAAGAAGAUGAACCAGAUCCAACUCUCUGAUGAGCUAUACAAGAUGGCAGAUAUUCCAAAAGUGUUAAGGGUCACUGUUGAAAACAUGGGGCAAGCGGACCUGAAAAUAUUCCAGGGGCAUCUGAUUGGUUGCAUGGAAGGAUUCCCCUGCGUCCCUGAAGCUCCUCUGAAGAAGACAGACAUACUUCACACUAUGGAUGAGAUGAUACAGAGAUAUGGACAGAGUGGAGCUGUAAAGAUUGUGAAGGCUAUUCUGAAGAUGAACUACAAAGAGGUCCAACUGUCUGAGGAGCCAUGGACCAAAUUCAAAGAUGGGAAGGAGUGUUCUGGAGACAGUGACAGGUUCUGUGAUUCAUUCUCAACAUCACUGCAUUUGGACACUAAAGAUUUGUCCUCAAUAAAGAGAGAAAUAUUCAAGCCUGAAAUGGUUGACAACAGUCUAGGAAACAAGAUCACAGCCUCGUACAGGUUUUUGUGCCCUCAUCCUGGUCACUUUCAGUGCAAAGUGACUGGUCUUGUGUUUGUGAUGGAGGGUAAAGGGGAGGUACUGUACAGGAUAGACUCCUGGGAUACCCAGCAGUUAGAUGGUUUAGGCCAGAUGAGGCCUGCAGGUCCUCUAUACAAUAUUGAGUGCUUCAAGGGUCCAAUCAGUCAUCUGCACUUCCCACACUGUGAGAUACUUUCUGAAAAGAAUAAGGUCAAGCAGGCUGUGGCACAUUUCACUGAUGAUAAUGUAGAGAUCAUUACACCCCUGAAAGUGACAUCCACACAUGUGAUCAUACACAUCCAAGGUCUCUCUCUCCUUGGAGUCAUAAGUGAUCUACGAGAUCUACUAUUCAAGCCUUGUCCCAUCAAUGCCCAAGUAUUACUCUUCUACAAAACAGUGGCUGUCACACAAAGGUGCAAUGUAGUAUACUUCCACCUGUUGCCCGGAAACAUACCAGUUGAAGAGGUGAUGAAAAAGCAUCAGUGCAACAAAUACAUUCAGACCACCUCUAAAUGCCAGUUAACCCCUGGAAGAAAAUACAAACCAUCCUGUCACCCUCAUGAAUACCAACCAGAGGUUGAGACAUUUGAAUAUGACUUUUGUCUCAACUUUCACCCCACAUUUGAGGUGUUCCUUGACUGCAACACAGAGAAUGUCAGAAUAGGUCUUUUGGAUGAAGAUGGUCAGGCAGUGUGGAAACCCCGACUUGUCUUUCUUACAGCAGAUAACAGUACAGAGGCAACCUCACCCACAGUGGCUGUGGCAGCUGUUAAAUUUGUGGAUGAACACAGGGCAACGCUUAUUCAGAGAGUCUCCUAUGUGAUGGAGAUAGUGGACCAUUUAUUAAGCAAGGAAAUGAUUAGCAAGGAAAUGUAUAAUAAGAUCAGAGAAGAAAAAACAUCUCAGGAGCAAAUGAGGAUCUUGUAUGAUGGUCUCCACUCAGGUGGAGCAGCUGUGAAAGCAGAAUUCUACAAAAUCCUUAAGAAGAAGCAGCCUUACUUAAUGGAUGAACUGGAAGCUGGACCCAGCAGGACUUGAUUGGUGUACAUGUUCAGGAAAGGACCAAUAUUAUCACCAUUAUUACUAUGUGAUCUUAUUGUGGCAUUAGUCAUCAUUAGUCAUGCCUUUGGUUUAUUUACUUUGUGCCAAAUAAAAAGUGGGUUCAUGUUUAAUUUGGGUUUUUAAUUAAAAGGGACUCUUAUAACCAUUUUGGAGGAAGAUUGGUGCUAGCCUGAGCCUCAGGGCUAUUUUUUAUAUGAUUUUGUAAAUAAACCUGAGUUAUUGACCAGAUCUGUGACUCCUUUGAGUUUCUUGACAAAGUAGUCCAUGUUACAUUAUCAAUACACACCACAACAAAUCAGAAAAUGACAUGAACGCUGGCAAAUCCAAGCACAAGCACUGGAGAAACAUGUCUGUGCUACAGAGGCCAAAUGGGCCCUCAAAGCUGAGAAAGAACCUGACACUGAUGAUCCAGCCAUAUGGAUCCUGACCCUGAUGAUCCAGGCACAGGGUUUGGUUUAAGCCAUAACAGAUUUCUUCAUGAGAUGAAACAGCAAACUCAAGUUUCUGAUACGAGCGUCAAUUUGUACAGCUGUCUAUUCAUUAAGCAGCAUGAGAAACACUUGGCAGUCAGGCCUCCCAGUGACUAAUGGACUGAUUCAAAUGAGUUUGGUUUCCCACAGAUCUGCUGAUAUGCUUUCCUGCCAGAAAGUACAAUACAGUUAAGGGAAUUAAUGUAAACUAAGAAUACAUUUAUUUCAUACUGAACCGAUACUUCAGUCACACAAAUGUUUAUACACAAAUAAUCUAUCAUGAUUAAAGCGUAUAACAUUAUAAGGGCUACUUACACUAGAAAGAAAGGUUUGUUUAUUCCAGAAUACUGCAAACUACUCCUGACAAAAAUAUGUGCAAGUAUUUUUCGUAUUGACGGGUAUUAUGUGUGAUAAUUAUUAUUAUUUCAUGAUGCAUUUGCAUGGAUUUGUCCAGUAAGUGUUGCCAGCGUGUGAUGCUUUCAGAUUUUAGAUUUGGAAUAGUUUUUUACUUUAUGAGCUGAUGAGGGCGUCCAAAAGCAUUUUGUCAUGUUAUAUCAUAAUUAAGAAAGUGGAAUUUUGGUAGUUGUUAAAUGUAAGAAUAAUAAGCAUGUAAGCAGCAUGUACUGCGCUUUACAGUGAUUUUACUCCACAUCGCAUCUAAACCCUGUAGUUUCUGUCUGUGUGUUGGUGUCUCUGUCUUACCUGUGGCAAUUUCACUAUAGCACAUAGCUUUGAGUGGCAUAUUGCUUUCAUAUUACUCUUACAUAAACAGUGAUCGAAACA